CCUAUGGGCGUUAACGUUUAUAUGACUAUGGAGUGCUCAGUGGCACAACUACGGUAAAAGUCUUUUAUCAUGACUCUUCAUCACGAGUUAUCUCUCUUGUCAGUAGUAAGAAGGAAAAUGUACCGUAAAGGAAAAUAAUUUCCAAGAACUGUAACAGAGUACCUGUUCUUUGUUUAUAUAAUUUUAUAUUCAUUCUACAUGAAUCCAAAUGUACUAUUAUUUAUGAAAUAUUAAUCAAUAGAAAAACUGCAUUUGUAUGAAAAAACAAACUGAUUUCAAUUUUUGGGGGGAGGUGAUUAAAAAUGAUAUUGUUUGCUGCCGGAGGUACAUAUAAUAUUUAAUUGGAGAAUUUUGUGAACCUAAGAAAACAUUGGUUUUGCGAGGAGAAACCAUUUUGAAAGUAACCGUCGCUUCAACGUAGCAUACAACAUACACACAUUGUACUGAAUGCUAUGUGUAUAAAAUGUGUAUAGAAUCUUAUUUUAUUUUUAAAUGCCGUCAUGUCUACAUCUUCUGAAUCUAGGUUAUUUACAAUAAGAUUGUAAAAUUCCUUGUGUCAGUGGCUUCAUUAUUUUUGCACCCGGAAUGAUAAAGAAUUAUGGCAAAUUCUAUAAUGAGUAUGAACAAAUUGAUUUUGCACAGUCAAUAUUUUUGUUAACAUCAAUCGGAGAUAUGUAAUAAAACUGAUUUACAAAUAAGCAAGUUUUUUUUCUGAAUAAUAUUUAAAAUAUGGAAUAUAUUUAGUAAAGAGAUUAAUGAGAUAAGGUCAACAUCAUUAAGUCAGUUUCAUAUAUUAUUCUCGAAAAAAUCGCAAUUUUCAAAAAAGGUCGUACACGUGAAUUAAAAACCUCACGUAAUUUAUAAUAAUGUCACGCUAACACCAUUAAGAGCAAGUUAUAUUCAUAAGACGUUCAUCAGUUUGUUUGUUUUUGUUCCGUUCUAUAAAUUAAGGCUCCAGAUGUCCCGUUCUAUCUUAGCCUAUAGAUAGCUUUAAUUCCUCCUACUGCUGUUAACGUUUCUGUCCAACUGAAUAACUUAAUUAUUUUGCUAUUUUAUUUUAUUAUAAUUAUGAUUAUUUUUUUUUUUUUUUUUUUUUUGCUUUUUAGAAUUAGCCCCUUCUACCACACACUUCGAAAAUUUUCUUUACCGGUUUGAUUCUAACAGAAAUCGAAUUUUAGGUUUUGAUUAAUUUUAAUAUCACCUGCUCCAAAAUAUGUCCGAAACAUGUACAUGUAGCUAUAAAUGAAAUAAUAAACAUACACAGGAAUGAUAGAACAUCCUGUCAAUGUUAUAUUGUUUAUGUCGAACAAUUUGACACUGUCCGGUUGUCAAAACGCACGAGACGGAGAAAACGGGCAUCUCUAUGGAACAAUGACCAUAUUUAUUGUAUGUCAUAACCCCUACUUCCUACCCCCCCCCCCCCCCUUUCCUAUUCCAGAAAUGGCCGAAUGCAUAUUUUAUUUUUGUCCAACUCUAUGAUAAAUUUAACUUUAUUGUAAGAUUAUUAUUUCGUAUUAUUACGUGCCCGAUCCAUUUUAAUUUUACUGCUACCUUGUUAAGUCGUGUAAAUUAUAAUGAAAUAUUUGUAUGCUCCGCCGAGUUUUAUCGCACAAUGCUGUCGAACGCUGUCCUAGCAUUGUGGUUUUUGAGGGUCGGUGUUGGCAUGUGAAUACAGCUUUACUGUUUCCUUGAAUAUAGUCUCCGCUACAACGCCCAAUACAUUAUGCAGAGUGACCCCUGAAAUAACCCAGAAACAAUGAGAUUGACCUUCAGACGAACAACAUACACCUGUGUUUCCUUGAUGACAUGCCUUGUACUCUAUAAAACAUUGAAGGAAGACUUUGACGUAAGAAACAAAGAUGUGAAGGAUUCUAAUAAGCCCCAGAAAACUAAACAUGGUUCAUCAAAGAACUUUGAGACGAACUACAAAAAAGAAGACACGGACCAAAACGGAUUUCCAAUAUCAGGGUCAUACAGUGAUAUAGACAAUCUGAAAGACAAUUUUAUUAUGAAGUCGAGAUUAAAUUCAAACAGUGAAAAAGAUUUCAAGAUACACUCAAAAUUCCUUAAAAAACAGACAUUUAAAAUGACUAAUGAUAUAAUUUUACCCGACAAGGCCUGGAAUGGACUCGGAAAUGUUCCAAAAAUAAAUGUCCUUCCGGAUGUAAAUUUUAUUCCGGAUAUUUAUGUUAAGAGAAAUGCGUUUUAUCCAAUAUAUAAGCCGGCACCAGUUCCAAAACAGCAGAUAAUGCCGGAAAGAUUUCAGAAUGUCCCUCCCGUGAAUUCGUGGAAUUCUUUCAUUGGACAAAACAAAAAUAUCCUCCCUGGUCCACCGCGUGAAAUCAACAAAAAUAUGGUCCUCAUGCCUCUACCGGGCAAACUAGAUCUCCCAAUUGUGAACAAGGCACCGCUCAACGUUCGACAUUCGAACCCGUAUCCAAUAGAAGGCAAUUUACACUUGAAGACUCAGCGCUCGAACCCGAAUCUUGUAGCACACAAUUUACCACUGAAGUCUCCGUUUGCUAUGAAAGUGGCUGAUAGAAGAAUGGGUAUAAUACCACAGAAUCCCUUGCCCGCAGGUUUAAAGCAAAACGUGGUUGAAAUCUUUCCAAGAAAGAACGAACCGAUCAGAGUGAACAUGUACAUGGACCACAAAGGAAACGUGUCGUACCACCACGUGAACUUGCUGUGGGAGGACGGUCAGGGGAGACCAUCCGCCCCGAUAAAACACAACAAUAUCAAGCAGGUAGAUGAGGCGCAGACUCUGACAAAGGAAGACGAGGUAAAGUAUACGUUGAUUAUGACGUAUAUGAGGAGCGGAUCCACCAUUACUUCUCGCCUCCUGAAGACCAACGAUACUUUCUUUUUCUUUGAGCCGUUCCAGGGUCUUCUUCGGGACCACAGGACCAACCAACACGUCUGCUACCCUCACGGAUACUGCAGGAAACCCGAUGGAUUCUGGGAAAGUUCAAACGGUACAGUUCUCCUUAUCAAGAAUCUCUUAAGCUGUAACUUCAUGGAUGUUCCCGUUGGAGCCAUUGAGCCAUUACGAACAUUCUCAGCUAGCAGCUAUCAGCAAGAGUUCAAGAGUUGUUUUCCUGUUAAUAAAACGGACUGGAACCACAGACUAUACACAUUGUCGGAAUACCCCGAACAAUACAACAAAACAUGCAUAGAGAGGCUUCAACAGCUCUGUUUACAGUCAUCUCACCGUUUAAUAAAGACUAUAAGAAUGCCAGGAUCAUUUGCAGAAAUGUUUUUGAGCUAUAUUCCGAAUUUGAAAAUUGUUCAUUUAGUACGAGACCCUAGAGGUAUACUGAACUCAAGGGCGCAGGCCCAUUUAAUCAAAUAUGAAGACAAAGAAAUAAGUAUUGUUUCUAAUCACCUGUGCAGCAGAAUUUGGUUAGAUAUGCAAGCCAUUAAAAGACUACAGCAGGAUUAUCCGACGCGAGUGUACCACGUGACCUAUGAAUGUUUAGCUCUUUACCCAGAAGACACCGCGAGAAUGUUGUAUAAAGAUUUGUCUUUAGACUUUACUCCCGAAUUACACGAUUGGUUGCAAAUGGCUUUCAGGAGUAACGCAGAGCAAGAGUUCAGUCUCUACAAGUAUGGACAAUCCUCCAGUAUUUCACAGAACUGGAGGUCUAAUAUCCCUGUUAAUGCCAACGCAAAAAUUAAUCAAAUGUGCAUUAAGGUGUUUUUGGAAUUAGGAUUAAAGAAAUUUUCAACUAUGGCGGAUUUAAGGGAUCUGAGGAAUCCAGUGUUUCAUAACAGUCGAAGAGCCUGCUUAAAUCGUGCAUAAUAUACCAAAUAUAUAUUUGAAUUAACACUACACUUGUAUAUAUUCUUCCUUACUAUCAAAUAAUAUGUAUUUAUGUUGAUUCAUUUUAACAAGGCCUUGGGCUAUCGGUAGGAGGAAACAAUCUUCUUGCAUUCAUAAAGUUGAAAGUAACGGAAAUUGAUACAGAUUACGUCCGUACGAGCAAUAGAGUCUGGCAAAGCUUUUUGAUGUCACUGAGCCAAGAUAAUGAAAUAGACAGGCCUACGUCAUAUUGCUGUCUGACACAGCUACCCUAAGUCCAAGGUCUUAUUAAAAGUGUCUCAAUUUUGUGACUUCCAAAUGUCUCAUUUUUCAAAUAAAAAAAUCCGAAAAGAUCUUUCAAAUGAUUGUGAGACGGUAAUUUCAAACAUUAAUCCAUUUAUUAUAAGUGCAAAUGUAACAGCUUAACUGUUAUGAACAA